ACCCACCUCCUUCCACUCUGCUCCCAACCGUGCUGCCCGGCGGCCGAUCCGGGCCUAAAACCACCCCAACGCGCCUCCCGUGGCCAGCCGCCCCUCCCUACCCCAACCCCAGGCCGCCGCUAGGCCCCUGCGCCGCCAACAACCGCCUAUCGUGCCGGAUCCAGCCGCCUCCCACGUCCUUCUUUCCCGGCCGGACCAAGCACCCCCGGUGACGGAUCCGAACACCGCCAGUCUCCUCGCAGUGGCCCGUUGCUGGAUCUGCAUGUUGUCGGCCGCCGCGCAUCGUCCCGGUGAUGCAUCCCCUUCCCGCGCGCUGAACGGAGGCAAUGACACCCCGGCGGCGCCAUGUGUCUCCCACGACGAGCCUCCCUCCCCAACCCCCAAGGCAUCAACCAGCUCCAGCGACUCACCCUCCCCUCUUCUCCUCUGCCUCGGUCACAGAUGGAGGGGUGAGGGGCGGCGCGGCUCGGCAGGCUCUCUGGCUGACUCUGCCCAUGGGCAUGCAGUUCUGCCCACGCGGGCGUGCAUCUCAACCAACGGGGCCUUGCGGUUCCGCCCACGGCACCGACGGAUUCCGGCGAACUCUCGAUUGGACGGUGGCGAGACGUGCAGUUCAAUCGCGGCCCAACCGCCCUUCCAGCGCAGGGUUCGUCGAGGCCCAACCGCCACGCUCCCCGUUUCUCUCCUCUACAUGAAGAUUGUCGGUGAGAUCGCCACCGCCUGCUCUGUCCGCAUCUCCCGCGGGAUCCCUCUGCCAACCUCCCCUUCCCCAUCUCCCGUCGAGGUCCCAGCCGACGUGGGGCAUGCAGUGCGGACGGGGAUGCCGUGCAGUUCACCGGCAACCAACAGCCUCCUCGACUACUCCUCUGCUCCCCUGUGCGGUUCGCGUGGCACGGCAGCGCGGUUCUUCACUCUGCAUUUGGUUUCUGGUCACACUCUGUGUGCAGUUUGGAGCUACACCGGCAAGGGCUCGCCUGCACCAAGGCAUUUCUCCGCAGUCCGAUGCACGAUCCCGUGCAGUGCGCAAAAAUAGAAAAAAAUUAUAAUUGAAGGAUGUUUUUCUAAUUACUUGAACAAAGGCAGUCCUCCUUGUUGUAAUUGUUUUUAUUUUUUCCUUUGCUAUUUGUGUAAAUUAUUCAAACAAAAAUGCAGUGCUCUUUGAGAGAAGU